AUGGGCAUAUGCAGCUCCUGCUGCAGGCAAAGGGAUAAGACGGGCGAGCGCGAACCACUUCUGCCCAAGAAGAAACAUAGCGCUCUUCCUCCGCCUCGCUCAGAUAUCGAGCGGCUAGCAGACGCGCUUGGUGCCUUACAAGUGGGGAAAUUGCCAUCCCAAGCUCAGAUUGAUACUCUACUCUUCCGGCUUCUUCGCUCGAAUGUCUUCGACGUCGACGGCAAGAUUCAUGGCAGUGGUCCUAUCAGUCGUCAUGGUCGACAGGUUGUCCAAGACGUGCACGACGUCCUUGAGGCAUUGAGGCAAUUUGGGCUUGACAAGAAUGGUGACGAUGUCUUGCAAGAUCUUAUAUACCAAUACAGGAAGCUGCGGGAAACGGCUUCCAUCCAGGUCAAUCACGAGUAUUUGGCUCACAUCCAGGACAGUGCUCUGAAGACCGGAGGAAAGUCCGCAGACAUCCCCUCGACGCAGGAGUUAUCAGAAGAUGCCACAAGUCUCGCGGAAUCCAUCCGGACCAUCCUGCGGCUUGUCCUCACGUCCUCAACCUUCCGUAGUCUGCUCAAAGACAUACUUGAGCUUGCCCGGGACUACAUCUCAUAUACGGCCGGCGAGGUCGCCGACGUCGCGCUGGAAGUACAAGUCGCCGCGGAAGACGUGGAACGAGCUGCGCAGACGACGGAUAUCUCUGUUGAGGAUAUAAAGGGAAAGGCAAAGGAGAUCUACGAUGACGUCCGGGAUGUCGCUGCAGGUAAUGGGUCGCGCUCGAAUGGUGUACCUCCGUCGCGCGACCCGCGCACGGUGGCUUAUGAUCGUGUGCAGCUGGUCUUCGCCUCCGCUCACAGGGAUCCGCCUUACACUCAAGCCCUACGGACGCUGCUGGAGGUCAUCCGCAAAUACGUCUCCAUAACUCGCAAAGCAGCAGACAUCAUAUCGCACGCCUCGCCCGCGGAUCUGCCCAAAGGCCGGCUAUUCUACCUCACGGUCCCAGCCAGACGGCUUCUGCGCGAUGCUCGCAUACUCGCAGAACGUUUGGCCUCCGGGCACCCUCUAGCUAAUCUUCUCCACCUCUUCGCCCAAUUCUCCGACGACGUCCUCUUCUCCCCCGCCGAAGUAGGCUACGAGAUCCGCACAUUCUUCGCCGCCGUGGGCGAGUGGUGCGACUAUGCCCUCGAGGACCCCACGUACGCGAACUCGAGCGCGGGCAUGUACGCGUUUGGUAGUCUUUACGAUACCAGCCGAAGGUUGCUCAGGUCGGAUUCGGAGGAUCAGCUCGCGAUGGAUUUUCGGUUAGUGGUGGACGAGCUGAGGAUCUACAUCCGCCUCGUUCAGGACGACCUGUCGAAUAAGCGGCUGGCGAACGCCGUCCGUGCGCUGGACGCCGACAUCAGGCAACUGGGCGCGGACACGAUGGGAGCGAGAAGUCGGUGGCGCCGCGAGUUCACGCAGGAUAUCCUUGGGUACCUCCUCCCGCGCCUCCUGCGCUCCCUGCGCUCGCUCCCAAUCAUGCCGCGCGUGGAAUAUCAAGACUCGAUGUUGGAUAUCGCGCUGGACGCCCUCUUGCUAACGUCGACGCCCCUCACGGUCACCUCCUCGUUGACACCGGACCACUUUUCAGUGCAAAAUCUGACCGAACUGUACGUCGAUCUGGAUAGCCAGAAGACCGACUCGGUGGUCACGACGCGGACGCGGACGCGGGUGCACGUCGAUGGUAUCCGACUGUCGGCCCACGACGUCGGAUACUACGCGAAGUACAAAGAUUGGCUAUCGUACGAAGACGAGGGGCUGCUCAGUGUGGAUAUAGGCACGCCGCCUACGAGCUCGAGUCAAGGCAGCGGUGGCUUGGAGAUCGGCAUCGACCUCAACAUCCCGGAGAGCGGCGAGGAAACCACAGAUCAGGCUUUCGACGUCGUCGACGUGCGCGUCCGGCUCGACGGGCUGGCCCUGACCAUCGAUCGCAGCAAGCACUGGCUGCUCAACAAGUUGCUGCUGCAGCCGCUGUCCGGGCCGACACUCUCGGUGGUUCUGUCGAGCAUAUUGGAAGGAAAGAUUCGGGAGGGGCUGGAGGCGGUGGCAAGGGUGUUGGGUGAGGUGAGGAGGGAUGUGGCGGAUGCGAGGAGGGACGCGGACGGGGAAGCAUCUGUGCAGGACUACCUCCCUUCGCUUCUGAGCCACUUGUCGACAUUAUUUGCGAGCGCGCCUCCAGAUCCGGACGUGGUGCAGGAGUCGCACACCGAUGCCACCGUUGCUGGUCUGAUUCACACGACGGUGUUGAAGCCAGCUCAUGGCGAGGACUCCGACGUCGACUCAGAAGACUUUGAGGAAGGAGAGGAGACCAUCAUCGCUAUCGGCGGGGCGCCACAGCUGUUCCCAGGAAAGGCUGGGCCGCACGAUGCAGAGGAAGACAGGGGAGGAGUAGGAGAAGUGGUGGAAGAGGUUGCGGAGGAUACGCGUUCGGCUAUGGAGAAGGCAGCGGCGAGUACGCGCGAAGUGGUGCGUGGUGCGAGAGAGGUAAGGGAAGAGCUGGAGCGUUCUGGGAGGCGCAAGGCUGUUCGGAAGAAGGUGGAUAGUAGGAAGCGGGGAUGGCAUAGUAAUGCGUUCGACCUGUAG